ACAGUUUAUUGCUUUUGCUUCUUUAUUCUUCAUCUUGGUUUCAAUCACGACCUUUUGCCUGGAGACGCACGAAGCUUUCAAUAUUGUUAAAAACAAGACCGAACCAGUCAUCAAUGGCACAACCAUUCUACAAUACGAAAUCGAAACAGAUCCUGCCUUGACAUACGUGGAAGGCGUGUGCGUGGUGUGGUUUACUUUUGAAUUUUUAGUCCGUAUUGUUUUUUCACCCAAUAAACUUGAAUUCAUCAAAAACCUCUUGAAUAUCAUUGACUUUGUGGCCAUCCUACCCUUCUACUUAGAGGUGGGACUCAGUGGGCUGUCAUCCAAAGCUGCUAAAGAUGUACUUGGCUUCCUCAGGGUGGUAAGGUUUGUGAGGAUCCUGAGAAUUUUCAAGCUCACCCGCCAUUUUGUAGGUCUGAGGGUGCUUGGACACACUCUUCGAGCUAGUACUAAUGAAUUUUUGCUGCUGAUCAUCUUCCUGGCUCUAGGAGUUUUGAUAUUUGCUACAAUGAUCUAUUAUGCAGAAAGAGUAGGAGCUCAACCUAAUGACCCUUCAGCCAGUGAGCACACGCAGUUCAAAAACAUUCCCAUUGGGUUCUGGUGGGCUGUGGUGACCAUGACUACCCUGGGCUAUGGGGAUAUGUACCCCCAAACAUGGUCAGGGAUGCUGGUGGGAGCCUUGUGUGCUCUGGCUGGAGUGCUGACAAUAGCUAUGCCAGUGCCUGUCAUUGUCAACAAUUUUGGAAUGUAUUACUCCUUGGCAAUGGCGAAGCAGAAACUUCCAAGAAAAAGAAAGAAGCACAUUCCUCCUGCUCCUCAGGCAAGCUCACCUAUAUUCUGUAAGACAGAACUAAAUAUGGCCUGCAAUAGCACACAGAGUGACACUUGUCUGGGCAAAGACAACCUACUUCUGGAGCAUAACAGAUCAGUGUUAUCAGGUGACGACAGUACAGGAAGUGAGCCGCCAUUAUCACCCCCAGAAAGGCUCCCCAUCAGACGCUCUAGUACCAGAGACAAAAACAGAAGAGGGGAAACAUGUUUCCUUCUGACGGCAGGUGAUUACACGUGCGCUUCUGAUGGAGGGAUCAGGAAAGGAUAUGAAAAAUCCCGAAGCUUAAACAACAUAGCGGGCUUGGCAGGCAAUGCUCUGAGGCUCUCUCCAGUAACAUCACCAUACAACUCUCCUUGUCCUCUGAGGCGCUCUCGAUCUCCCAUCCCAUCUAUCUUGUAAACCAAACUGCAUCAGUCGGCUAAAUAAUAUUAAUUCAAGUACUGUUUACCCUGUAAUGGACAUAAUUAAAAGUAGAAUUACUCCAGACUCCAUUAAUAUGGUAUAAGUCCUGCAUGAUACUACUAUUUGAAAUCAGAAAUACCACUUGAGUAGCUAACCAAUCUUAUCCUGGCUUUAAAUUAUCUUAAGUAGUGCUCCUACUUCUCCAUAUUAAUUGCCCUGAUUUCUUUCCGCAAUAAUAUGACAGAUAGCGACAGAUAUUGGCCAGCAUACUAAUAUAGAGCCAUAUCUUCAGGGAGGUAUAUUUAAAGCAGUGUGCUUCCAAAUGCCAGCUACGGAACUUCAUUUUUUUGUGACUCUAAACCAUUCUGAAGAUGUUCCGGAUCGCCUCUUGAUUGCACAGUACAUGACUUUGACCAGCCCAUUUGCAUGGACCAUCUUGUUUGUAUCACCUAAAAGCAAUGUUGCAGAGUUUGGGAACUGCGGAUGGCUCAGAAUAUGUGUACGUGCGUCAAACCAUCCUGCUGAUAUGGAAGCACUGGUCAACUGUUAAAUUGUGGGGUAGGGAGGGCGAGUUUCUCUUGACAUUUUUUCCUUUGAUUGUUUUAAAUACUUGAAUUUCUUGGUUGAUUUACUUUCUUCAAAAAUGCUGCAUUGGAGUUCUGAAUGUCUUUGGUUGUUUGUACACAGAUAACUGCAAAGAGGUUGUCAUUACCGGUUAUAUGCAAGCCUAGGCCAAAUCUCUUACUUAAUGACUUGGGGAAGGCACAAAACAUAAGAGAGAGGUAACUGCCAGCCAGGCUUGCAUUGCUUAGGCAGGAAUUGCUGCUUGGAACUAAAGUCAUUUUUUUUAACCCCAGGAUUUGUCAGCAUUUUCAGAGGGGAGUGCCAAAUAUUACCCAAAGCUCUCAUAUCUUUUUUACCCCUGCCUUUAUUUUUAUUUAUUUUUUUGUGCAAACAUCAAGGGUCGCUUGUGUUCACAGGAGGCUUUUUUGACUAGCCUUAAAAUUCUGAAUCAAAGGACUAAUCAGAUUAUCAGGCAGUGUUUAAUCAGGUGCUUUGUCCUGUAUGUUGUUUCUGUCUGUCUGUCUUAGUUCCCUGUCUUAAAUGUAUAUGUCAUUUGUCUCCAUGAAGCGUAGAAAUGCUUUGAUAAAUUCAUGAUUUUAGUACUCGAUCCCCACCCCCACCUCCUGCCCCCUGCAUUCUUUGCUAUUUGGAGCAGCCUCUUUGCUAAAUUAAUAAGGCCCUAUAGACUACCUACAUUAAUCAGCACUGUGAAUCUUUUUGAUGAGCAGAAUUUAAAUAGCAAUUUCACCAUUGCACUUGGUUGCCUACUGCAGUGUCAGUUUCCACUACCUAGCAACCAGCAUUCAUCACUACAUUCCAGCAAAAUCCCUAAGGAGUCUUAUUCGGUUUGAGUGGAAGAAAGUCUGUUUACACAUCCUUACCAAAUGGAAUAGUAAUAGUGUUUCUGGUGUAUUGGGCAUGUAGGGAAAAAUGUCAUAAUAUAAAUUGAGGAAACGAAUACUUUUAAGGCAUUGAGGAUCCUUGACACUGUUAAAUCCUAAUUCCCAUGUUUAUUUUUUUGUUAGUAAGACAAGUGUCAUUUUUAUUACUAGCCAAGAAACAUGUAUUACUCUAUAUUCCCAAGUCCUAGUGCAUGAACUGCAUGUCAGAUCUUGUACAGCAAUGCAUUUACCCAGACGUACAUAGGUGAUAUUUAGAGAUACUGUGAUCCUUUUGAUAACACCACACAUAGGAUGUUAUAAUCACACAUAGAUUUAUGGUAAAGGAAUUAAUAUGCUGUCUGGUGCUGCUGUUAUUGACUGCAGUGUUGUAUAGAAUUUAUCAUGGAUUUUUGACUGCUGAAAAAGGGACAGUGGAAUUUAGCCAUACCAAGGAUUGUACUGGACACCACUUCUGCUCCUGAAUGUGCCCUGAUGUGACCACGUUAUGCUUGGAAGAAGUUUCCACGUCUUAAUGAGGCAUUUAAAGCUUCUAGAAGAACAUUACUGGAACUGCUUUGGUGCUCCCCAUGUGAGUGUUCUGCUUGUAGACUGACCUGUGUCCAUGAAACAACUGUAAAUACCAACAAGUGUGCAUGGGUCAACCAGUUUGGCUAUCUUACAUCAAGGGAAGCCAAAUUUAUGAUCAACAUCUCUGAAGCUUCAAGUAAGGCUCAUCACGGGCCUACUGUGGGUUGUGCUGUGAAUUACACAAGGAAUGAUACUAAUGUAGUAUAGGUCUGUUUUAAUUAAUUUUUUUCUAUUUAGUGGAUGGAUCCAUAAACAUCGACUGUAUCAUUCUCUUACAAACCAUUUGCUUAUAAGCUUGUCAAUUAUGUUAUAAAUUUUUUAUGUCUAUUCAUCAAAACAGACCUAUUUUUAGUCACAUAUUUGUUUAGUUCUGGAAAACUGUUGUAGUUUAAAAGAAAUUCUCCUAUAGUAUUCAUAGUUUAAGUCUUUUGUCAUUGUUACCUCAAUUAUAAAUAUUACAAAAUAUGAAAUUCUGGCAAUGAGAGUAUUUUUUUAUUAAAUGAUCAAGGAACAAUGUCAGUAUAUAGUAGAAUAUUAAUCAGAUUAUAUCCUAGAAAUGUAUAUUUUGCAUAACAGAGAUAUUCUUCGAUCGAUUACUUUUUGUGAGUUUUGUGGCAAAUGAAGCUUGUACUUGUCUGUAAAAUUAUUGUAGUUGAAACUGUGUCAGUUUUUCAUCUUGCUUAAUCAGUAUUUCCAGAAUCUAUUAGUUCCCCUGGGAUUCUGAAUACAACAUAUAAACUAAUUCUGAAACCCUGUAUUGUGGACCUUUUGUGAACAUUUCAAGGUGCAUGCAUAACCUUGGUGAUAACUGAUGGACAUGUAACUAACUGAAAUGAAGAAUAAAAGGCAAAUGAGCUGGGGACAACUUGAAUCCUAUCUGAUUAAAUUAUUCAUAUU